UUUCACAAGCUGUGGCUCGUUUUGGGUGCUAUGCUGCAUAGAUCAUCACUAGAGCUCCUUCCGAGAGAGGUCAUAGUCGUGCGCGCCCAGGUGCAAACCUUGCGCGCCACCAAGAGGGCGGGAGAGCCGUGCAGAGACACGAGUCCCGGAGAGCAUAGAGCAUCAAGGCGUGCACACCCAUGCGCAUCGCAGCAGUGACAAUCACACUGACGAUGGCGCUCGAGCCGCCGCAAGGCGCGCAACGCUUCCUGAUCGCGCGCCACGGCGAGACGAACUUUAAUGCGGAGGGCCGCAUCCAGGGCACUUUGGAUACGUCCGUGCUGACGGCCCGGGGCGUGCGCCAGGCCGAGGAGCUGGGCUGCUACAUUGCUGACGAGGAACUCGCGAGGAUAUCCAAGGUCUGGGUGUCGCCCAUGACGCGCGCGCGGCAGACGCUCGCGUGCAUCGAGGAGGCCUGCGGCACAUUACUACCGGAGCCCGUCGUGCGCGACGAUCUGCGGGAGAUCGAAUUGCAUACCUGGGAGGGAAAGCUCAAAAGCGAGGUCAUGGACACGGGCUGGGCGCGCUGGAAGGCGGACCCUGCCGCCUUCGUGAUGGACGACGGCGCGCGGCCGCUGCCCGACCUGUGGGCGCGCGCCGUGGGCAACUGGGCCGCGCUGCGUCGCGACGCGCCGCCGUGCAGCCUCGUCGUGUCGCACGGCGCGCUCGGGCGGUGCAUGGUCGCGGCGGCGCUCGGGGGCGCGAUGGACACGUUCCGAGACCCGAAGUUCCAGUUCGACAACUGCGAGCUCGUCGAGGUGGCCUGGGCGCCGGGCGCGCCGGCGGCGGCCUGCUGGCGGCGGCUCCACCGGGCGCGGACGGCCUGGGAGGCCGCGGAGGACGCGCUGGCCGCGUCGUCGGCGGCCGUGGGACAGGCAUCUUAAUAUUAUAGUG